UUUUAAAUUCAAAACAAAUUGUGUUGAUAAGUCUAGUGAAUUAUGGGAUCAAAACGAAUUAAAACUUAUAAGGCCUAUGGUAUAUGGCGUAUAUGUCUGUCAGUGUCAUUGAAACAUCGGACCGCGUUUAAAUCAAAUUACGCAUUACAAAAUAGCACUGUUUUGCCGUGUUGCUGGCAUGUAUUUUAAACCCUAGUGAUGAGUGGAAUGAAAUUUUAUCGGCCUGGCGUAGAAGUAUCGUCGACUUCACCACCAGAAGAACUUUUAACCAGUCUUGCUGGAAGUUGUGGCCGUUGGCAAAUAGCAGUGGUUGUCUUUUGCAUGGUCUCAAACUUUCUAAAUGGUUUAGAUAUAGCCGCAGUUUCCGGCGCUGUACCACUACAUCCACAUUUCAUAUGUGCUGACGGUAACGGAAGUCAAUGCGUAAACGCAAACGGAACUACUUGCAAAAAUUUCACUUUUUUUAAUGAGGAUACUAAUUUAAUUACAUUCACUGAAAAGUUGAGUCUGGUUUGUGAUCGAUGGGUAUAUGCAACCUGGAUAAAAAAUUGUUAUCGGUUAGGUUUGGUAAUAGGCUCUUUGUUGACUGGUAGUUGUGCCGAUAGAUUUGGAAUGAAAGUUACAUUAGGAGUGUUCAUGUCAUUGCACUGUUUCACGGGACUGUUGGUAAUUAGCAUAACGAAUCAGGAAAUUUUGAUGUUUUUUAUCUUCUUCAACGGUGUAUUUUCUGUCACCAUUUUUUCUUUACCGCUAAUAAUAGUGUGUGAUACAGUUGGAAAUAAAUGGCGAACGCUUGCGUUGGGUACUGUUUUUUUGCACAGAUCUAUGGGAAUAAUUAUUUUUCAAUUUAUACAAAACGUUUUUGGGAGUGUAGAAGGGGCAUUAGCAGGAGUUUCUGUUCUGCCUCUGAUUGUUUUAAUUCCUUUAUUAUAUUAUAAAGAAUCUCCUAACUACAUGGCCAUUAAGGCAGAAUAUUCUAAAGGCGAAAAAACACUUGGUGAAAUUGCACAUUUUAACAGAAAUCCUAUAUCAGCCAGCAUCAAAGUCCGACCAGUACGGACAUUAAUUAUUGUACAUAUUUCCAGAGUAGUCAAAUGCUAUGUAAGACCACCUUUUUCAACAUUUGGAAACCCGUAAGACCUAGAUAUGCAUAUUUAGCUCUACUGUAUAUUUCUUAUUGCAUGGGAUUGUGGAAUUGUAUUUUAGAGCACUACAUUCAUACCGAUAUCUACGUUUAUUUACACGCAAUGUGCUGUGUACUAGGAUGUGUUUUAAGUAUAGCUCUGAUGCAUUUUGUUCGCCACAAAAUAAUAAUUGGUAUUUCUGAAAUCUU